CGUAGCCAACCGCGCUAAUCGGAUGCGCGUGGAAAGGACAACGAAAUACAACACACAGUUCUAAAGAAAUGAAAGUGCAUAGCUCUGUAGGCGGGAAGAGGGUGGCGUCGAUGGCAGAGGGACAUCUGUGUUGUGUUUCUUCGUGAGACCGUUUUUGCGCCACCAUCAAUAGUUGAUGGAGGCAGCUUGCCUUUUACAGCUCCUAUUUGAGUCUGAAAUUCCAGAAGCCCCUAUCGAGUUCAACUCCCCCUCCACCCACCACCACACUCAACCUUCUCCUCCUCCUGCUGCUGCUGUUGAAGAGUUCACUGCGCCCGCGGUCCACGCGUCCUCCUCCUCCUCUGUCGACGCGCAGCUUAAAUUUUACAUCGAACGGGCACCCGGGGUGACGAUUCACGCCAAAAAUAUGCUCAGGUGUUGUCAGGUGAGGUGAGAGUUCAAAUAAUUAGAUCAGUUGAGAGUACAUUUAUUUUGUUAGGUGAGAGAUCAUUUCUUUGACCGAGCGGGUGAUAAUUUUACUUCAGCAGGUGAGGGCCAUCUUAGCCAUCAUCAUCAUCAACGUUGUCACCGUCAUGUGAACACUCAUCACGCUGAGCAUGACAAUCACGAUGACCAUCGUCGUUAUCAACAAAAUAAUCAUCACCUCGUCACCGUCACAACUACACUCAUAAUACUUAACCACCUCUAUCAUCACCAUCAGCAACCAUCUUCAUCGUUAUCAAGCUCAGCAUCACCGCCACCAUCACCAUCAGAACCAUCUCCAGCAUCACAAUCACACUCAUCCUAAUCAACGUCAUCACCACAUCUUCACCUUUAUCACAUCCACCACUAUUACUUUCAUCCACAUCAGCGACAUCGGCCACCACCACCACCACUACCAUGUUGCCUGCACACGAGGCCGCCAAGAUCUACCACACCAACUACGUGAGGAACGCGCGUGCCGUGGGCGUCCUGUGGGCCAUCUUCACCAUCUGCUUCGCCAUCCUCAACGUGGUGAGCUUCAUCCAGCCCUUCUGGAUCGGAGACAGCGUGGACACGCCGCAGGCCGGAUACUUCGGCCUCUUCAGCUACUGCAUCGGCAACAGCCUCACGCGUGAGAUGGUCUGCAGUGGCAGCUUCAUGGACUUCAGCGCGGUGCCGUCGAGCGCCUUCAAGACGGCGGGCUUCUUCAUCGGCAUCUCCAUGCUGCUGGUGAUCGCGUGCCUCGUGUGCUUCAGCCUCUUCUUCUUUUGCACCUCGGCCACCGUCUACAAGGUGUGCGCCUGGAUGCAGCUCACGUCCGCUGCGCUGCUGGUGCUGGGCUGCAUGAUCUACCCGGACGGGUGGGACGCCGACGAAGUGCGCCGUCUGUGCGGGGACAACACCGGCAAGUACACACUGGGCGCGUGCACGGUGCGCUACGCGUACGUGCUGGCCAUCGUGGGCAUCCUGGACGCCUUCGUCCUCGCCUUCCUCGCCUUCGUGCUGGGCAACCGCCAGGACAACCUCCUGCCGGACGACUUCCAGGUGGACGAGGAAAAAGGUGAGCGGGGCGAGUGGGCGGGCGAGCGGGCGCGCGACCCAGCGGAGCGAUGGAAUGAUGACGAUUAUAGCAUCCGUGUCUCGAACAUAUUGCUUACCCAACCCCCAUCAGCCACACUAACACGGCCUUCCUUCUGGGAGUUUGUCGUUUCAGCAGCGUUGAUGCAAGACAAUAAACACUUAACAACAACGUGCCGAUUGGCAGCGUCGUUGUUAGACAAGAUAUAUGGACCAGGAGUAAUACGCCUGGUCCAUAUAUCUGUCCCUCCGCAUAUAUAAAUACGUGUACUUUUUUACAUAUCCCAU